UAGUCACAAUGUGUACAAAUGUACACAUGAUCUAAUUUGCAUAAUUUUGAAUAUUUAAUUUUUUUUUUUUUUUUUUUUUGUAAUAACUACCCAAGAAGGUGUCAAUAAGCAUAAAAAAUAUAUUUUUGGUCAUAGCAUUUUUUCUCGUGACCGAAGGGGAUAACAGGUAGUGUACAACUAUUAAAUAAUUGUGCAAUUAAAUGGCUGUAGUAAUUCAAUUAUGAUGUGCCAAUUAAUUGUUUUAGCGGAGUUUUUGUUUUUGUAAAUUGGUGAAUUGUUUACAAAUAAAUUGAAGUUUAACAAUAAGGUCCUUCUGUGUGUAUCCUUUUACAAUCAUAUGAAGAAAAGUAUGCGAUUAUUAAGUUCUGUGAUGACAAUCCAACUUAGAAAAAGAAAGAUGUGGCAGCUAAAUUUGACGUUAAACCUAACACGUGGGAGUCAAUUACUAAAGCUUUAGAAGAGUCAUCUAGGAAGGGAAAGUACAAGAGAGUAAAGUCUAUUACAUUCGGCGAUCAUAACCUGGUUUCGGCAGGCAUUCGGAUUAAUGGCGAUAUGUUGUUAACGAAAGCAAAUUAUUUCGCUAAUGAGUUAGGGCAUGAAGCAGACGUUAAAAUGUCAUGGAUUAGUCGUUUUAAAGUGAGAUAUUGCAUUGGUAAAAUCCAAAAGGCCGGUGAGACAGCGGGAGUUAAUAUGCAGUCUGUGAACGAGUGGACGGAGGGUAAAUUAAAGGACAUUCUAAAUCGAUAUGAAGCAUCCGACAUUUACAAUGCCGAUGAAACUGGCCUUUUCUGGCAAAUGCUCCCCGAAAAAUCUCUGGGAUUUAUUGGUAAAGAGUACCAUGGGGGAAAACAGGCAAAAACCCGAAUAACAGUUCUUGUUGCGGCAAACAUGGAUGGAUCAGACAAGCUGCCCUUGUUCGUAAUCGGAAAAAGCAAGAAUCCAAGGGCGUAUAAAAAUGUGAAAAAACUACCAGUGAAAUACACAAAUAACAAAAAGGCAUGGAUGACGGGUGUACUUUUUGAGAGUUGGCUGAAUAAGUUAAACAGCAAGAGGAGACUGAGCGGACGAAAGAUAGCGAUGGUUGUGGAUAAUUGUACAGCACAUCCCCAGGUUGAAUUGACGAACGUUUAGCUAGUGUUUCUGCCGCCAAAUACACAACCGAUGGACGGGGGAAUCAUAAAAAAUCUCAAGCACCACUACCACCACAUAUUAGCAAUUCGUAGGUUAGCGGCAAUAGAGACCAAUGAAGAAUUUAAAUGGAACUUGUUGGAUGCAAUUGUGACGGUGAAGAGCGCAUGGAAGAAGGUAACACCUCAGACCAUCGCUAAUGUGUAUCGUAAAGUAGGCUUCAUCAAACCUGAUGACAGUGACAAUGAAGAAGUGACUCCAGUAAGUUUGAUUUUUUACGUCAUAAAUAUUGCAUAAAAAAAUUAUAAAACAAACAAUUUACAAUAUAUUUUUUAUGUUUAAUAUCGACUAAAUUAUGAUAUCUGUUUCUACUGUGUAGAUAAUUGAAGAUGUCUCGGGAGAACAGGACUUUGGCAACAUUUGGGAGCGUCUUGCAGAAAGGUUUAACCUUCCUCCACUGGCUGACUACAUAUCCAUUGACGACGGAGAUACAGGUGCGAUAGAGCAGUUAGAAGAUAGAGAGAUCGUUGGUUUAGUGCAGCAGACUGAGCAAUCAGACGGCGAGGAUGAAGAGACGGAAGACGAGUUAGGUUAAGAAGUCCCUACCCCAACAUCGCGGGAGAUG